UCCUUUUCUUUCCGGGGCGCGCGGCGGCAAGAUGGCGGUGCAAAUUUCCAAGAAGAGGAAGUUUGUCGCUGAUGGCAUCUUCAAAGCUGAACUGAAUGAGUUUCUCACUCGGGAGCUGGCUGAAGAUGGCUACUCUGGGGUUGAGGUCCGAGUUACACCAACCAGGACAGAAAUCAUUAUCCUGGCCACCAGGACACAGAAUGUUCUUGGUGAAAAGGGCCGGAGGAUCCGGGAAUUGACUGCUGUGGUUCAGAAGAGGUUUGGUUUUCCUGAGGGCAGUGUAGAGCUCUAUGCCGAAAAGGUGGCCACAAGAGGUCUAUGUGCUAUUGCCCAGGCAGAGUCACUGCGUUACAAACUCCUAGGAGGCCUUGCUGUGCGGAGGGCCUGCUAUGGUGUGCUGCGGUUCAUCAUGGAGAGUGGGGCCAAAGGCUGUGAGGUCGUGGUGUCUGGGAAACUCCGAGGACAGAGGGCUAAAUCCAUGAAGUUUGUGGAUGGCCUGAUGAUUCACAGUGGAGACCCUGUUAACUACUACGUUGACACAGCUGUGCGCCAUGUGCUGCUCAGACAGGGUGUGCUGGGCAUCAAAGUCAAGAUCAUGCUUCCCUGGGACCCUAGUGGUAAGAUUGGCCCUAAGAAGCCCCUGCCGGAUCACGUGAGCAUUGUGGAACCCAAGGAUGAGAUACUGCCCACCACCCCCAUCUCGGAACAGAAGGGUGGGAAGCCAGAGCCUCCUGCUAUGCCGCAGCCAGUACCCACAGCAUAAAUAGGGUCUCCUUGGCAGUUGGAUCUGGAGGCUGGAUUUUACUCUGUGAAGACCUUUAAUAAAAAAUUUGACUAAAACACGUGGCACAAAUAGACUGUCCACUAUUUGGUCUGAGAAUUCUAUUGCCUGAAGGGAACAUUAACUUGGUUGGCUGCCGGCCUCAUUUUCCCUGAAAUCCUUGGUUUCAGCUGUUGUUGUGAGGCAAGAGCCAGAACAGGAAGACCCAAACAGCUAACCAGAGUAAUAUCCUAUAAAUCUAAAGUGAAGGCUGAUUGCUAGUUGGAUAGCACCUUGAUUAAUUCACCCGCAGUUUGAGGUUAUAGGUUUGGAAGAGGGAUAUAUUUAAGAUGUUUUUCUUUUCUAAUGCAUAAAGAAAUCUUAUAGCACAUAGAAAAUAAAUACGGUGCCUAUUGUA